AAGCCCCGGCCGCCCCUUAUAAGAGACACAAUCCCCAGCCGCUGGUUUGCAAAAGGGGCCUUUGCAAGGCAGGCAGCGCACACGCGAGCGCCACGAGCCUCCCCGCAGCCCGGUGCGCAGGGGGGCAGAGGAGGGGGGCAGAGAGGGAGAAAGCGCCGCGCUCUCUCCGUCCCCCUGCGAGUCCCGCCGCCGCCGCAGCAGCAGCAAGCGGCCGCCGCGCGCCAGCCAGCCCCGCGCGCCCCGUCUCGCUCGCCGCUGGCUGCCAAUGGCCAGCGCCAGCCCUGCCAAGAUGGACAGCAGCGCCAGCCAGUUCCUGCAGCCCGCCUGCUUCUUCGCCGCCGCCCAGAGCGUGCCGCCGCCGCCGCCGCCGCUGAGCCCGGCCGCCGGCCAGCCCUCGCCGGGCAGCAAGGCGGCGGCGCCAAAGCCCGUCAAGCGGCAGCGCUCGUCCUCCCCGGAGCUGAUGCGCUGCAAGAGGCGGCUCAACUUCAGCGGCUUCGGCUACAGCCUCCCGCAGCAGCAGCCGGCGGCCGUGGCGCGGCGGAACGAGCGGGAGAGGAACCGGGUGAAGCUGGUGAACCUGGGCUUCGCCACCCUCAGGGAGCACGUCCCCAACGGGGCGGCCAACAAGAAGAUGAGCAAAGUGGAGACGCUGCGCUCGGCCGUCGAGUACAUCCGAGCCCUGCAGCAGCUGCUGGACGAGCACGACGCCGUCAGCGCCGCUUUCCAGGCCGGGGUGCUGUCCCCCACCAUCUCCCCCAGCUACUCGCACGACAUGAACUCCAUGGCGGGCUCCCCCGUCUCCUCCUAUUCCUCCGACGAAGGGUCCUACGACCCGCUGAGCCCCGAAGAGCAGGAGCUCCUGGAUUUCACCAACUGGUUCUGAGCUCUGGCUGCAGCAGGACUGUUGCAAAAACAAAAUACAUUUUUUCCCCCAGAGGAAGGGAAAAUACAUAGCACACGAGGAGCUUGUAUCGCCUCUCCAAGAACACUGAAGCACUCACUGCCUUUGCACUCCGGUCAGUUUCACAAGACCAAGAUGGAUUUGAAAGCUGCGGGGACCACGGCACGAUGAAGCAUGUGUCCUCAAAAACAUGUGUCAUCCUAUCCAUCUAAGGAAGAGCACUGCCUAGCCUCAACAUAGAGAGGGGCUCUUCCCCCCCCCCCCCACAGUUGUAGCCCUUAAAGACUGGUGUUCAUUACGCUAUGGCCACAAUUAGUUUCCUAACGUUUCUGGAGAUUUUGAAAUUAAACUAUGCUGUACUCAAAGAACCCUCUAAAAUCACCCCUCCCCCUCCCAUCACUUUGACUUUUUCCUACCAUUUUCAUCAUUGAAUGCUUCCAAUCCUUUUUUUGUGAAUUUUUUAUUAUAAGAAAAUCUAUUUGUAUCUAUCCUAACCAGUUUGGGGAUAUAUUAAGCUAUUUUUGUACAUAAGAGAGAAAUUUAUAGAGGUUUUUUGUACAAAUGGUUUAAAAUGUGUAUAUCUUGAGACUUUUUUAAAAAAAAUAUGUAAUGCUUAUUACCUCUUGAUAUUUAGAUAUGUAGUCAACAUUACCUUUACCUUACAACUGCCAUUUUUUGUAUGUGGUUUUGUAAAGGACUUGGAAUUCCUCCAGAUGUACUUUAGCACCAAUGUGUCUUACUUUAUAGAAACUUUGUUAAUGUAUUAAUAAUGUUUAUUAAACAAUGUUCAAAGUGAACAAAGUUUAUGCAGCUAUUGUCCAAACACCAAAAUGGUAGCCAUUUGUUUUUAUAUGCUGCCUUUUAGAAAAAGGAAAAAAAAAAGGAAAAAAGCCCUUAUAUCACUGCCUUUUCUUACUGUUUUAUUACAAACUUACAAAAGUCCUGUAUAACCAUGUUUUAUACAAGCUAGUUUCGUAAUAAAACCUUUUUUAAAAUUAAAGUGA